AUGGUGAUUUAUCCGCACGUUGUCACCGUCGAUGGUUCUGUAUCCACCGAAGAAGCGGGCGUGCAAGUGGGUCUCUCGCAGCAAAAACAACUAGUCCGAGAUCUGCUUCGCGUCAAGGUAAUCCUUAAGAUCGAGGAAUUGACUCUUGAAAUAGCCGAUAGAAAGGAAAUAUUUCAAAUGGAAAUGAAGAAAUUGAUGCAGGAGAAUUGA